AUGGCUACUGAAAUGUCGACGAUCAACUUUGUGGGUGUUGACAUUUCUGCAGUCUACCCUACCGCGAUCUUUCCACGCAACUGCAACUUUUACAACGAGGAUUUUCUCAAGGGUGUCUCUCAGCCUGACGGUUCCUUUGACGUGGUCUACCAGCGCAAUGUCACCUGCGGCCUGACGUUUGAGAACUGGCAACAAGCCAUGAAGGAGGCCUUCCGCAUCCUCAAGCCCGGUGGAUACUACGAGUGUGUUGAAUCUGACAUUACAAUCCAGAAUGGCGGACCCCAGACGAACGUUGUCUUUGAGCACUUGCGCAUGUCGAUGGCUACUCGGAGCGUGGAUCCGUCGAUUGUCCGUUCGCUGGAUAGAUUGAUGGUUGCUGCAGGAUUCACGGAUGUGCAUGUGAAGGAGUACUGUAUCCCUGUUGGCGACUGGGGUGGCAAGGUGGGACAGUUGUGGCAGAUGAACAUGUUUGCGCUUCUGGAGACGGUGCGCCCCCAUUUGGCCAAAGCAGCGAACUGUAGCGAGACGGUGGUACAGGAGGUUGUGCAGGCGAUGUACAAGGAAACAAAGGAGUAUCGUUCGCACCAGGUUGUCUAUGCAGUCUAUGGCAGGAAACCAUUGUCACCAGCCCAGUAA